AUGACAACCCGCACAUCCCAGCCUGCGACAUACGGGCUACUGCAAACGGGCGACAAACAUGGACAGGUUGUUGUAGAAGAUGUGGCUCUGACAGAUUCUCCGACUGUGGGCUCUCCGACGGCUAUCCACCCACUCCCUCCCCCUAAACAGCUUAUUCUCUGCUUUGACGGCACCAGCGAUCUCUUUGACUCGGCCAACACGAAUGUUGUGCGGCUUGUGUCCUAUCCAAAGAAGGAUGACUCAAUGCACCAACAAGUGUAUUACCAGGCAGGCAUCGGGACAUAUAUCAAAUCAGGCUGGAUGAUGCCGUUCAUGGUACACCUCGCGAAGGUAUUCGAUAUGGCCGUUGCGUGGGAUAUCUGCAACCAUAUCAUGGGUGGGUACACAUUUCUGAUGCAGAACUAUGCGCUAGGUGACAAGAUCUCUAUCUUUGGCUUCUCACGUGGAGCGUAUACUGCUCGAGCUCUUGCCGGUUUGCUGGAGAAUAGGGAGGGCUGGAAUAUGAGCGAUGGAUUCAAGCACACAUUUUGCAAUGAGGUUGAGGUGGAUUUUCUUGGUGUAUGGGACACUGUCGCUAGCGUGGGCUUGUUUCGCAGCAAGGAUCUCCCAUUUACAGCCAGCGAUCAUCACAUACGUGUUUUCCGACAUGCCAUUUCGCUGGACGAGCGUCGCUGCAGGUUGAAGGCGAAUCAAUGGCAGGAACCUUACGCCCCACCGAAUUCGAACGCCCCAGACGAACCUGGCACCUUACACCCACAUUCGCGGACUCGCCGCACGAAGAGGUCAACCAGUCCGUGUCCGUACGGCACCUUGCCUCCUGGUCAAAGCCUUGCUGGGAGUGUUGACAUUGGCGGAGGUAGUUGGAGCACGGAUGUCUCAGAUGUAUGGUUCGCAGGCGGACACGGCGACGUUGGUGGCGGAUGCGCGAAGAACGUCGAUCUUUGUGCGGCAUCCCGCAUCCCCCUUGCUUGGAUGGUGCGCGAGAUCGUCCUCUCUAACACCGGCAUCACCUUCGACGAAGCGGCCCUAUCCCUGGACGGCAUUUCUCUUCCUUCUCCGGAAUUCGGUCCUUCCAUCCUGGUCAAGAACCCGGACGGGGAGCUGAACACCCGCCGGGUGCUGGCAGAAGAGAACUGGGUGGAGAACCUUGACAAACGCUACGCGGAGGAUAUCAAUGCACCUGUCGGUGAUCAGCUUAAGCAGGCGUUCUACUGGUGGAUGCUCGAAAUGCUGCCGUUUACCUACCGUGUACCCAAAUCAAAGAAGGGGCCCGGCAACUGGAAACUGUCACCCAGAUUGACCCAAUUUGGUUCGCCUCGCACACUGCAAGGAGAGAAGAUCAGGAUGCAUGUCUCGGUGCAGUCACGCAUGAAGAAUAGCGACUACUCACCGAAAGUCAAAUAUGGCAACGCCCAAAUUGAGUGGGUCCACUGA